AAAGUAAAAAAAGCAGACAUUUUUCAACCCGAAUGACAUUCAUCAAGUUGGCAUCUGACAAGCGGUAUCAGUAGUGUCAGCCAGUAACAGCAAUAGCAGCAUCAGCAUUAGCAUCAGCAUCAACAUCAGCGUAAGCAAAAGCAGUAGCAGCUUUGUUGUGGUUUAAAAAGCCCGUCGAUUACGGGGAAUGAAAAGGCGAUCUGGGCGUGUCCUUAUCAUCCCCUGAAAGGAUUCCUGUGUGGUACGCCCACCACCCCCGCGUCAACGUACCGCGAUCGUUAUUAUUGUGUUGGAGGGUGGAGCCAGCCAAUGACAUAGUGGUGGCACAGUCGAGUCAGCUGACAACGUGGCCUUGGAGCCGCCCCCGUGGCUAACUAGCAUCAGCAUCAGCAACAGCAACCAUUCCCCCGAGUCUGCCGGAUACCUCGUGACGUGCGGACGAGCCACUCAGCCAGCAAGUCCCAAACCAUCUCCAAGUCUUUCCAAAACAUCUCUCUCACUCUCUGGUUCUCUUGUCCCCGCGGUAACUAAACUCCACAUGGUUAUAUACCAUCACCAUCAUCACCCUCACCUAUACAAUCUGCAGCAACAUCAGUAUAUACACUACGUUUUUUUACUAACUUGUAUACACACGUAUAUAUAUUAGAUAUAUAUUGCAGUACAGUUGCGAAGGUGUUGAAGUAGUUUUGUGCAACUGCAUUUCCAUUGCUGGUGUGUUACUCCUGUCUACAUUCAUUUGUAUAUUUGUCUAUGUGUGGAGCAUACUUUGAAGCCCCGACCUGGUGUAAUCGACAGUACACGUCAUACUCAACGGGAUUUAUAGUUUGUUGCGACUGACGAGACGCAGAGGAGGAAGAAGAGAAAGGGAGAGAAAAGGAAAAAGACGAGCAGUCAUUGCAGAGAAAACCUGACACGACGAACCAUCAAAGUAUUGCACUCACACCCUGACUAAAGUUUAUCUGACGUUAGUUGACGAGCUCAUUUGUGGACGAGCGACUCUCGACUCUUGUGAAGCAUAUCCCGGGUGAGGCCGCCGUUAACUUGAACUACCCUAUGAGUACCCACACGCGUGCACACGGAGACUUUGGUGGACGGGUAGCCACGUCAAGUCUCGUAGCCACGGAGCCAGGGACAACUAACCGGGACUUUCAGACACUCUGCAACCCGGUAUCAGUUAUUCGUCUUGGCUAGAUGGUUGGAGGAUGCCCACAGGUGAAAGACUUUUAGAUAUUGCAUGCAACGUUUGUGGAGAUCGAAGUUCCGGAAAGCAUUAUGGCAUUUAUAGUUGCGACGGCUGCUCGGGAUUUUUUAAAAGAAGUAUACACAGUAAUCGCGAUUAUUCAUGCAAAGCUCAUGGUUCUAAACAAGGUUGCUGUCCAAUUGAUAAAACUCAUCGGAAUCAGUGUCGAGCUUGUCGUCUUAAGAAGUGUUUUGAAGCUGGAAUGAAUAAAGACGUACAACACGAGCGAGGACCCAGAAAGCCAAAGCCUCAUCCCUCAAUAAUGUCCGACAAGCAUCAUCAGCAAUCAGCGAUGGUAUCACCAUUGUCAUCACAUUCCGGGACUCCGGUUCAUCAUGACGCAAGAGUUGAUUUAAAUACAGCCCAUUUGCUGUCGCAUCAUAGCUCAGUAGUUAAUCCACUGCAGUCAAUCGGUACUACUGGACAUCAUGAUCGCGCUCGACGUGAUCGUACUUCUCAUCUAUUUCCUAUCCAUAGUGAAAAUCCUCUUAGGAGAUUAAGGUACGUGCCGUAUCCACAAGUGGCAUCACUGAUGCAAAAACCACCACCAAAUGAUGCCACAUCUCCGGUAUCAUUUCCUCUACAAUUACCGCCACCUAAUCCGAGUCUUUACCAUUCGGCGACGGUGGCAUUGGGACAACAGCCUCCGCUGUUUCAAAUACUGAUGUCCGCUGAAAAAUGCCAGGAGUUUGUAUGGGGGACUCGAUUGCAGCCGGACGAGUCACUUGAUCGAUUGGAAACCGAGGCGAGUCACAGUCCCACUAGACCGUUGUCUAAUUUUAGUCCUACAUGGGAAAUUCUUCAGGAAACAACAGCGCGACUUUUGUUCAUGGCAGUAAAAUGGGUACGAUGUCUUGUACCCUUUCAGACGUUAUUUAAAGAAGACCAACUUGUUCUGCUGCAGCAAACGUGGACGCAAUUGUUCCUUUUACAUCUGGCUCAAUGGUCAGUAUCCUGGGAUAUUACGGCAUUACUUGAUGAUGAGCAAGUUCGCAGAAGAUUACCCGAUGAAUCUUCUCGACAAGAACUCAUUACCAUACAAGAUAUUCUGUCACGUUUUCGUCAAUUAUCGCCAGACGGAGCUGAAUGUGGUUGUAUGAAAGCUAUAGUUUUAUUUAGGCCAGAAACUAAAGGACUUACGGAUCCGAAACCAGUCGAAAUGCUUCAAGAUCAAGCCCAGUGUAUCUUGAAUGACUACAUACGAUCUCGCUAUCCCCGACAACCGGAACGGUUUGGUAGAUUUUUAUUAUCUCUACCAAUGUUACAUGUUGUUAAACCAACGACUGUUGAGUUAUUGUUUUUCCGUGAGACUAUUGGCGAAAUACCAAUUGCACGUCUACUUGGUGAUAUGUAUCAGAUGGAACAUCAUUCAGAAGAUUAUAAACAGGAACCAGACUUCAACAUGAUAAAUCUACAAAAAACCGCAGAUUUAAAAAAGUAAAAAAAAUAUAUAAAUAAUUGAGCUUCAUAAAUUUAAUUGUCUAGUGAAAAUAAUAAAUUUUAAUUAAAUUUAUGAGGCGUCUUUUUUAAAUAAAAUUUGUAUGCAAUAAUUUUCUUUGUGUAUAAAAUUGAAAAGAAAAAAAAGUCUUUAAAUUAAUUUAGAUCUAAAUCUAGUCAGUGAAUCUUUGUGACUACCAUGUAAGUAACAUAAUUUUGUAAGUAGCGUUAUUGUAAAUUAUAAAGUUAAGUGUAAAAUUUAAUAUGUAUGUAUUUGUCAAGAGACGUUACUUAAAAUAUAUAUGUAAUUAUAAUUACAAUCACUUAUUAUUGUAAUAUUACACAUUACUUAGGUAUAUUAUUACUUGAAGCAUCUGUGAUAUAUCAUAUCAUUUUAUUAUUAACAUAAUUUUGUUUUCCAU